UGGGUGCUUUAUGACCGGCAAUGAGUAAAAGUUCAGUUCAGAGAACUCAUAGAGCUGCUGCUCUUAAGCAAUGGCAUAAAAUAAGAGAGUGAGAGAGGAGUAAACCACUCAGUGCGAAAGGAAUUCAUUUGUCACUAUAUAGACUCUAAAGGCUUGUAGGAGAUGGAAUCCAGUGAAGCGAGUGUACAAUAUAACCGCUGGAACGAUGACAACAUUAACGUCAAUGUAGCUGCUUCUCAGACCAAUCUGAAUGGGAUCUAUAACAAGAUGUGCACGGGGCAGCUGGGUAUCGCUGUAAGAGUGGCAGGCUCGCUGGCUGUAAUGGCUGCCAUGUACAUCGUCGGAUACAUCACAGGAUACUACGUUCACAAGUGCUGAUGCCCAAAGGGCCAUUUAAAUGGCUUUGUCCAACAAGAUACAAUAUGAUGAAUGAGUGAUUAAACUGUGAGCUGCUUUUUUAUAUAUACACACACACCAUCUCCAAGCUGGAAUUAAGCACGUUUCUCUUGUACCACAAUUUUCAUCAGAAGGUAAACAUGGUUUAUGACCUGGUUUCCCUGUAUAUGGACUUGAUGUAUUCUAUUGUAGAAAAACGUUUCAUGGAAUGUGGUAUAACUGUAAUUAUAAUGUAAUUUUACAUGAUCUCCAUUAUAAUAUAAAUACUUUUGAAAAGUCA